CUUCCCGUUUUUCGGGAUAUUUUCCUAUCCAUGAGGUAAAUUUCUGGGAUAAUGAGGGAUUCUGAUGCAGGGAUGGAUCAAGGAUGGAUUUUCUUGCAGUUGUUCGCGGGGGGCUGUCCCAGGCUGCUUCCCAUAUUCCUCUGUGAGCUCUGCCUGCUGCUUCCUGUCUGUGUCUGUAACUCCUGUCGCUGUCCCAGUUGGAGAAGUUUCCUGGGCUGGGUCUGGCUCUGUGUUGCCUGGCUGGGGGGGCACCCACAGAGUCCCUGUCCCGUCAUGUCCCUGAUGUCUGUCCUGCUCUUGCCCAGACUGUGCCCUGUCCAAGCCUCAUCUGCUCCUCUGGCUGGAAAGAGGAGAAGAGCUGAGCAUGAUGACGGAGUCGGAGCCAGAGGCAGCGGAUGUGUUCCCAGAGCCAGCUGUAGAGCUGGCCCGCCCGAGCUGCUCCAGAAGUGAUGGGAUGCUGGGGGCAAAGACAACAGAGCCUGGUGAGGGGAGCUGCAGGGAGCCAGAGGAGAGCGGGAACCUGGUGGAAGAAAGUGGAAACCUGGCAGAGGAAGGUGGGAAGCCAUCAGAGGAAAGUGGGAAGCCAUCAGAGGAAAGUGGGAGCCCAGCAGUCCCGGAGAACUUCAGCACACCCCCUGUCCCUCUGGAAGCUGCUGUCCCAGGGGAUCUCAGCCAGCCAUCCCCGUCCCCUUCCCGCCCGCUCUCCGCGUGCUGUCGGGAAGCAGCGGAUCAGAACCAGUCUCCAUCACCUCCCACCGCAGCAGCAGACACCGAGGUGGGGAUCCCAAUGGAGGUGCCACAGGAGGAGGUCACUGUGGAGAAGCUGAUAGUGCCUGGAAAAUCCUCAGAGAGUCCAGAAGAGGAGAAGGGUCUGGAGCAGGAGGAUGUGAAAGAUUCAGGGAAUGUCGGCCAAGGUCCAGCGGCUGACAUUCCCGAAGGACCAGGAAAGGUAGAUUCUGGCCCAGAAAAGCCGGAGAAGGGCUCCUGCGUGGGCCAGCGAAAUGCCACCCGGGAAUUCCACUCCUGCCCCAUCUGCAGCAGACGCUUCCUGCUGAAGAUCAACUUCCUGAUCCACCAGCGCAGCCACAGCAACUCGACGCCCUACGUCUGCGUGCACUGCGACCGCAAGUUCAUGUCCAAGAAGAAAAUCAGGCGGCACCUCCGGGCCUGGGCGGCCAGCGGGACGUGCCAGCCCUCGGAGCCGGAGCCACGUCCCAGCCGGACACCGCGUCCCACCUCCCAGCCCCAAACACGGGUGGCCAAUGGGCCGUGCCAGCCCCCGGAUGCUCCGGUGUGUCCCAGGCAGGUGCCGUGCCCGACAUCCCAGCCCCAGGCCUCGGUGCCCAACGGGACCUGCCAGCCCUCAGAGCCGGGGGUGUGUCCCAGCCAGGUGCUGUGCCCGACAUCCCAGCCCCAAACCUGGGCAGCCAACGGGACGUGCCAGCCCCUGGAUGCACAAGUGUGUCCCAGCCAGGUGCCGUGCCCGACAUCCCAGCCCCGAAUGUGUGUGGGCAGUGGGACCUGCCAGGGCUCAAAGCCAGAGGAGUGUCCCAGCUGGACACCAUGCCCAAUGUCCCAGCCCCAAACCUGGGCAGCCAACAGGACCUGCCAGGCCUCAAUGCCGGAGGCGCGUCCCAACCAGGUGCUGUGCCCAACAUCCCAGCCCCAAACCUGGGCGGCCAACGGGCUGUGCCAGCCCUCGGAGCCGGAGGUGUGUCCCAAUCAGACACCGUGCCCACCAUCCCAGCCCCAAGCCUGGGUGGCCAACGGGGCCUUCCAGGCCUCAAAGCCAGAGGCGUGUCCCAGCCACACACCGUGGCCAACGCCCCAGCCCCAAACCUGGGCAGCCAGUGGGACCCACCAACCCCUGAAUCAGCCAGAGGUGUGUCCCAGUCAGACACCGUGCCCGGCCUCCCAGCCCCAAGCCCUGAGCAGGGACCGUGGCGCGGUGUGGGAGAAGCCCAGCCCUGCCAGGUGCCCGCUGUCCCCUGGGAAAAUGCUGUACAAGUGCAGCGAGUGCCUGGAGAACUUCUCCAGCCAGAGCUUCCUGACGGUGCACCAGCGCCAGCACUCCGGCCGCCACCUCAUCCUGUGCCCCUGCUGCAACUGGAGCUUCACCUGCAUCUCCGACUUCGUCCGGCAGCACUGGGCGCACGCUGGUGUCCGGCCCCACCAGUGCGGGAUCUGCCAGAAGACCUUCAAGAGGUUCUACCACCUCAAGGUGCACCGCAGGAUCCACAUGCGGCAGAACCGGCCGCUCCCCUGCGCCGCCCCGGUGCCCAUCCCGGCGGGAACUGUGCCAGGAGAGGGG